UAGUUCCCCAAUUCAUUCGGACGAACGCAAAGAAUGUCGACGCUGGCUGGAGCGAUGGGAACAAGCCUUCACUGCCUUUCUCGGCGUUCACAUGAAAGGGAUGAACGAAGCGGAUAUUGCUCGAUGCAGAGUCCUGAAGGCCAACCACCUGUCUUGUCAGGUUUUGGCAUCGGACAACAUUGUCGAGCCUACAUCGCUCGAUGCCUUCGAAGCCGACUUUCAAGCAAUCGUCGAGCUUUCGAAAGCAGUACUCCAACCUUCUGGCAAUCCUACAGGUGUCCAGUCUUCGAGCAGCUCUGCCUCCUCAUCAGGCCUUCUUGACGUGCGCUGCCCACUGUCCGUGGUUGCUGCUCGUUGCAACCGCCCGCACAUCCGCGCUCAAGCGAUCGAGCUGCUCGGCCGCACACCAAGUCCUCGACGAUGAGCACGUCCAGGUUGCCGCCGGCUACUGCGGGCGAGCUUCUCACCAAACAUGAUCACGAAUCAUUAAUGCUUCCGAGCGUUGUAUAAUUCGGAUUGACACCGCACUUCUACCAGAAGGGGAAUGGAGUCCUCUCCGGCCGUGCCAUCGAGCGACGCCUCAGGCUUUUCGCUCUGAGCUGUUCCGAUAUCACCCAUCUCAGCGAGGAAGUACGAAUCCUUCCUGCGCCUC